UAAAAUAUUUUUUGGUAAGAAGAAAAUGUCUAGGGAUAUAAUAUACUAUUCUGAAAAAUAUUAUGACGAGGAACACGAGUAUAGGCAUGUGGUGCUACCUAAAGAAAUGGUGAAAUUAGUGCCUAAGAAUCAUCUGAUGUCUGAACAGGAGUGGCGUGGUAUCGGUGUUCAACAAAGUCAAGGAUGGGUGCAUUAUAUGACACAUCAACCAGAGCCUCAUAUCCUGCUAUUCCGGCGAAAGAAGACAACUCCACCAGAAAAGAAGUAAGACUAGAGGCGAAAAAGGUUGUGAUAAAUGUAUUGUACAGUUUUGUCAUGAGAUUAAGACAUAAUUAACUAUAAUUUGACUCACACCAAGCCUCCAUAACACUCACUUUUCAUUUGACGUGAAUUUAUUUGGAAUAAUAUGUAGGUACUUAUUAUGUUCAAACUGAAUCUCUUACUUGAUAACCAAAUGUGCCUUAUAUAAGAUAUUUUUUGACAGAAAGAAAUGUGUAUUUCUGUAUAACACAUACUGUAUUUCACAGUUAAACUAAUUAUGACAAUGAAACACAUUUAAUCUUAGUUUAUACCAAUUAUUGCAAUGUCACUAGUAUGUAUUGAUUCACAGUAUUGAUUGGGUUUGUAUACCAUCCUUUGUUAAUUGCAGGAGUUAAGUGUUUACGAAAUUGUCAAAAUAUUUUGGAUUUUCAGUGCUGUGACAUUAAAAUCAUAUUUGUUCCUAGUUAGCUGUUUUUAAAUAAAAAUACUUCUAACUGCAGUGUACUGCCACAAUGUCAAAUUAUAUAAGUUUGUUAUGGGUAUAAUGAUCUUUAUUCCAUAUUCUUAAGUUGCAUCCUAAAUAAGUCAUUAAUAUUAAGCUCAUCGUUACUUUAUUUUCAAGGCAAGAAUUUCUUCUAUAAUAAACAAAGUAGUUCUUUUCUUUUAAAAUAGUAAUUAAUACAUGACAAUUUUAUUAUAAUUUUCUUUGUAUAGUAUUUUAAGAUUUGACCACCAAUUAUAAUAAUGCGUUUAUUUUUGGUAGCUUUUUAAUAUAGAUAGAUUUUUGUUUGACCAGCUUUGUCUAAAUCGAUAUAGGUUAUUUUUAAAUGUAUAUAAUGAAAUUGAAAUCAAUAAGAAGCACACUGUAUCAUAAUCGGGUGUUUGUAAAUUAAUGAAAUAAUGUUUGGUACAAAUAAAU